AUGUCGACCGCUUUCCGAUCCCUUGCGCCUUUCCUGCGCACCGCCCGACAAGGUCUACGGGCUAACCCCAUCAACCCUCUUCAGUCCGCCUUUGGCAAGCAGAACACCUCCGGUGUCCUCAACCUUUACCGCACAUAUGCUGUUUUUGAGCGAUCAAAGCCUCAUGUGAACAUCGGUACAAUUGGUCACGUCGAUCACGGCAAGACCACUCUUUCUGCUGCCAUCACAAAGCGACAGGCUGAUAAGGGCCUCGCCAACUUCCUCGAGUAUGGUGCCAUUGACAAGGCUCCCGAGGAGCGAAAGCGUGGUAUUACCAUCUCGACCGCACACAUCGAGUACGCCACCGACAACCGCCACUACUCCCACGUCGAUUGCCCUGGUCACGCCGAUUACAUCAAGAACAUGAUUACUGGUGCAGCCAACAUGGACGGUGCUAUCAUCGUUGUUGCUGCUUCCGAUGGACAGAUGCCUCAGACCCGUGAACACUUGCUCCUCGCUCGUCAGGUUGGUGUCCAGCGAAUUGUUGUCUUUGUCAACAAGGUCGAUGCCAUUGAUGACCCCGAGAUGCUCGAGCUCGUCGAGAUGGAGAUGCGCGAGCUUCUCAACACCUACGGCUUCGAAGGCGACGACACUCCCGUCAUCAUGGGCUCUGCUCUCAUGUCUCUCCAGAACCAGCGCCCUGAGAUUGGUACCGAGAAGAUUGAUGAACUUCUUGCUGCCGUCGACGAGUGGAUCCCCACCCCUGAGCGUGACCUUGACAAGCCCUUCCUUAUGUCCGUCGAGGAUGUCUUCUCCAUUGCUGGCCGCGGUACCGUCGUGUCUGGCCGUGUGGAGCGUGGUGUUCUGAAGCGUGAUCAGGAGAUCGAGCUUGUCGGAAAGGGCCAGGAGGUUAUCAAGACCAAGGUUACCGACAUCGAGACCUUCAAGAAGUCUUGUGAGCAGUCCCAGGCUGGUGACAACUCUGGUCUCCUCAUCCGAGGUGUUCGCCGUGAGGAUGUCCGCCGUGGUAUGGUCGUCUGCGCUCCUGGCACCGUGAAGUCUCACACCCAGUUUCUCGCUUCCCUCUACGUCCUCUCCAAGGAGGAGGGUGGCCGACACACCGGUUUCCAGGAGCACUACCGACCCCAGCUUUACCUUCGAACUGCAGAUGAGUCCAUUGACCUGACUUUCCCCGAGGGUACUGAGGAUGCUUCUAGCAAGAUGGUCAUGCCUGGUGACAACACCGAGAUGGUUGUCACCAUGGGUCACCCCAAUGCUAUCGAGGUUGGUCAGCGAUUUAACAUCCGUGAGGGUGGCCGAACUGUCGCUACUGGUCUCUGCACUCGCAUCCUCAAAUAA